AGUGCACGUCCAGCGUGAGCUAUCCUAGGGCCGGGGAGGACGAUAGUCAACUUGCAAGCUUAGAGAUACUGCUCGUCAGUAGCCCCUCUCCCUAUUACGAGCUUCCUCCGUCUGUGGUUCAUGACUGUUGCAGUCGGGGACACGCACGCAUUAGCGCUCAUCAUGCCGGUUCGAGCUGAGCGCUGCAGCAGCACCGCUGCGGCCCGUACAUCCUCGGACUCUCUUAUCCCUCCCCCGCCGAUCAACACGCACCAGCCCGGGGUAGCUACUACGCUGCUGUACAGCGGUUCACAGUUUCGAGGGCAUCAGAAGAGCAAAGGAAACUCGUAUGACGUUGAGGUCGUUUUGCAGGUAAAUUAUCUUGCUUUUAAGAAGCUUGAUAUGAUGGAUAGCAUGCUUGCAAGUUGACCAUGUAAGGUUGUCUUGUCACUGCUGCUAGUGACUGUCAACCACCACUGUCACGCAACCGAUUUAGCAAGCUAGCCAGCUGAACUAGUUAGUUAGCAAACAAACUAGUUUAGGAAGCUUGACAGCAAGCAAUCUGUAACUUGCAGUUAGCUAGCCCAUUCAAAUAAACGGUAAAUGUUAGUAAGCUCCCUUGGCCCCCCUAGGGUUCUCGAGAGAUAACAGCCAGUUAUGCAAAUAUUUGGAUAGAUGAAUACUGGCAUUCACAUGCAUGAUUUAUGUAAACAAAUGGCCUAGUUGUUAAAUGACAAAAGGUAGCUAGCCUUCAGCAUUUUCGUUGGUGCUCGCUCAGAUUGACUGACAGCUGACUAUUGAAUAGGCCUGUUCAUUCAUUUGAGAACUUCUGAAAAUACCUAAGAAUAACAUUUGUGAACAGCCUGGUUGUCAUUCUGUGAAGGCACAUGAUGGGUUGUUGUUGUGUACACACACACACACAAGGACAUUGUGACCACUGUACUUGAAUACCACUCAUUGUGCGAUUGUUUGUCUCCUGUAGCAUGUGACCAUGGAGGACUCUUAUCUGUGUGGUUACCUGAAGAUCAAAGGCCUAACCGAGGUAAAGUGGAGCAGAACUGGGUCAGAUACAGUGUACUUCUACCUUACCGCUCACAUGGAAUGAGAGAUGAUGGUGUAAUGGGUCUUUAAGCCCCUUUUGGGAACUUAUCAUGGCAGGGGUCAGUGUAAGCUAAGUGCAAUGCAGCUCACCAGCCCCAAUUUAAAUGUAUACUGGUACAACCAACCAACCAAUGUGAAACUGGCAUACAUUAUGAUGACAACAUGCUAAACAACAAGCCAGAGCCAUCUAUUGACCAAUUUGCAACACCAGUAUGAAGGCCUAUCUGUUACGUUGCAAAAGUGUAGGCUACAGAUGUAGGUCUUGUCAGAGCACUGUAUACCGUAUUUGGAUGUUUAGUCUUAAAUGGAUUGACUGACUAACUGACUGACUGCCUCUAAUAUGGUACAGACAGUCAUAGAACAGGCCUGUGUGCUGCAGCUUUCUGCCUGCAUUGUCUGUUUACAGCGAGGUCUACAAUUCAGAGGGUGUGUGGUACAGAAUGUGAUUGCUGUGCACUUUCUCUCACUGGCAACACUAAAUAUCAGGUCCCUUCCCACUCUCCUCUCCUCAUAAAUUACACAGAUCCCUUCUUCUCUCGCCCUACUGUUCACCUCUUCUCCUAGAGAAUGAGUUGUGAUUGACUCAAAGGGAGUGCUCAGGGAAAGGGUGCACUGUUUACUUAACAAGGUGCUACCUACCACUGCUCUGGCACCUUUGCAUAGUGUUAAAGUGAGCUGGGUCGUAUUCAUUCGGACACACCGCAGCAAAUUGUUUUGCAACGGAAAAAGAAAACACAUUGAGGUCGUCCCUCCCAGUUUUAGUUUUUCAGUUCUUCUGUUUGUUGCCUAAUGAAUAUGACCCUGCAUUAAACAGGCAUUGCUGUUCGUUAUUGAUGGCAGUCCUGUGUGUGACACAUCAUUCAUCACUGCAAAGGGCAUGUGUUCCAGCCAGGAACCCUUCCUAAAGGAACCUUGGUAACCAUAACUGUAGAGUCAGAUUAAGGGAAUAGUAAAAGUGGGAGCACAGCUAGAUCCAUGUAUUCAGGUCUAUAAACAGAAAAGCAUUGGGAAUAUGUACCUACUUUGUUGGAGACAACCGUUAUGAUGUGUGUGACUAAGAAAGAUUGAGUAUGUCAUGUAUAAUUAAAACCAUCUCUUUUGUCAGUGAAAGUCCUUACGGAGAAGGAAACAGGGUUGUAUUCUCUAGGAACAAAACCAAAGCAAACGGGGAGGGACUACCUGAACUUGUCCAAUAAACUCUUGUUUUCAUUGCAAUAGAUUUUCCAUUGCAAAAAGAUUAGAUACAGUUUGCUAUGGUGUUCACUAAUGAACCCAGCUCUCACUCGCUCUUAAUCUGCGUUUCUGGUCCUCACAGGAGUAUCCCACUCUCACCAUGUUCUGUUUCUGUUCCUUACAGGAGUAUCCCACUCUCACCACGUUGUGUUUCUGAUCCUCGCAGGAGUAUCCCACUCUCACCACGUUCUGUUUCUGAUCCUCGCAGGAGUAUCCCACUCUUACCACGUUCUUCACAGGAGAGAUCAUCAGUAGAAAGAGGCCCUUUUUAACCAGGAAGUGGGACGCCGACGAAGAUGUGGACCGCAAGCACUGGGUAUUCAUUUGAAGCUCUCAAUGUCUUUCAUUUCAUAUUCCCUUUGAAGCAUAGUCAUUUGUCUGUGUGGUGUUUUCUUCUUUUUAACAAACACUUCUUGGAUGCAGGGUAAUACUUCAGUUUUUAAUUGUCUUUGAGAAAAAGUACAACUAAAACAACACAUUUUUGUUUUGUUUCUUUCCAGGGGAAGUUUCAGGCUUUUUAUCAGUACGCAAAGAGCUUCAACUUGGACGACUUCGAUUACGAAGAGCUGAAGAACAGUGAUUUUGUCUUUAUGAGGUGGAAGGUGAGGCCAAUAUCACCUGAUGUUCCAUUGAUCGCUCAUUCUCUCUCCCUGUGUGAACUUUGAACUUUAACCUUUAACCCUUCCUCUGUGUCUCUACACUUGUUCUUAUCUUAGUAUGGAUGGACGUUUUCUGAUAUUGCCUCUGGCCACACAGAUGUAUGAAAACAUUACAUUUCAUACGCAUUUAUCAUUGUCUAGUUUUGUUCAUCCAAUUUUGGGGGGAGGCUCAAUCUAUAUUUUUUGGGGGAAAAAUCUCUGUCUGGCCGUAGCGUGCCACGUUUGUCCUUUCUAACAUGGCCAUAUAGUGACUAGCGUUUGUUUCUUGUCCUCUCCCUUACAGGAGCAGUUCCUGGUCCCGGACCAUACCAUUAAAGACAUCAGCGGGGCGUCCUUCGCUGGUUUCUACUAUAUCUGCUUCCAGAAGUCCACAGCCACCAUCGAGGGCUACUACUACCACAGAAGCUCUGAAUGGUACGUAGGCUGCGUCCCAAAUGACACCCUAUGGGCCCUGGUCAAAGUAGUGCACUAUAUAGGGAAGAGGGUGUCGUUUGGGAGGCAAGCACACUGAAGUGUAAAUAUUUACCAGUUGUUGUUUUGCAUGCUGAUCUGAACAUACAGGGAUGUUGCUACUGGUUAGCUGCUUUGCUACUGGCUAGCUUGGUUAGCUGCUUUGCUACUGGCUAGCUUGGUUAGCUGCUUUGCUACUGGCUAGCUUGGUUAGCUGCUUGGCUACUGGCUAGCUUGGUUAGCUGCUUGGCUACUGGUUAGCUGCUUGGCUACUGGCUAGCUUGGUUAGCUGCUCGGCUACUGGCUAGCUUCUCAUUCUUGGUCCCCUUGUUCUCUUCCAGGUACCAGUCGUUAAACCUCACCCAUGUCCAGGAACACAGUAUGCCCAUCUACGAGUUCCGGUGAUACCCGCCCCCUGGCAUCGCUGGCAGAGCAGGGGACAUUGAUUGGCACUGCCCUAGACACUCAUGGAGGGGGAGAUGAACUGACCAAUCAAGCCAAGGAUGUACCUACCAGUCGUCUCUGCCGAAAGGGAGAGAACGAUGGAAAGACUAGAUGGAUGGAGGGAGGGAUAGACAAAGAACAAGGCCACCGACCGACCGACAUACGUACAGUUCUUCCCAGCCUGCCUUUCUAGACUUUGCAUCAGUUUCGAUCAGCAGCACUGUUUUUGGUUUCUCUUCCCCGCUCUUUCUCCUUUCAGCAUCUUGUUUUUGAAGCUACUUUUCCUCCUUUUCCUCCAUGUUGAAAACACUCUCCCCUUUUCAGUUGGGGAUCUAG